CUGCUACUGUCAGAAACAGAGUUAAGCUCAGCAGGCACCGGGAGAACAGAGUGAAGAGAAGCUCCACAGAUAUCCAAGCAGCAACACAUUCUGGGUCCUCAGGGGGACGAAUCUCUGCCACUUAAGCAAGACCUGACUCUCCUCCCCUGCGGCUGUUUGUGUCUCCAGCUAUAGGGGAUAUUCAUGGAUUUCUAAAUUUGGUGUGACAAGAUAGUUGACUUUAGCAACAGGUUUGCCAAAAACUCUGUGCCCCUAGCUGAGGGCCUUACCAGCCUACAACUCCAGGAAUGAGAGCUGACACACUGGAAUACAAACUCUUCUCAGGGCAAACAACAUAGCUGCUGCAUCUGCAGUUUUUAGAUUUUUUUUUACAAAUUCUGGCCAUUUUGGUUUAACUGCUGCACUGGCCACAAAUCAGAUGGCAAAUAGCUUCCUCCCGUGUCAGGUGUGUCUGAAAGGUGUUUGUGUGAACAUGCACUCAAAGCAUUAGGAGUUUAUGAGUGCUGUGUGUGGGAGUUGCUGGAGUCACUGUUUAAUUGGAGUGUGAGGGUGUGUGUGUGUGAGGUGGUGGGGCCCUGUGGAGGUCGUAGCCCUGGAUUUCUUAGAGAUGGAGGGUCAUGGUUAUGAACGGUUUGGAGAUGGGGAGAGGGACACUUACCAAAUUGACUACCGGAGAAUUGUAGGGGACAUGGAACCAGCACGACCUCGCAUCUCAAACAGAGAUGGGGAACAACCUCACACCUACGGGGCCCAUGCCCACCCAGCGCCACAUGGACAUGGGCAUGAGACUGCAGCCCAGCGAUACAGCGCUACACGUAUCCAAGCUGGCUAUGAACCAGAGAGCAUGGCAGACUACUUGAUCAGCGGAGGCACAGGUUAUGUUCCUGAAGAUGGAUUGACAGCACAACAACUCUUUGCUAUCGGCGAUGGGCUUACAUAUAAUGACUUCUUGAUCCUCCCUGGUUUCAUAGAUUUUACUUCUGAAGAGGUGGAUCUAACCUCUGCAUUGACAAGAAAGAUUACUCUGAAGACACCUCUUAUUUCAUCUCCCAUGGAUACAGUCACAGAGUCAUCCAUGGCCAUCGCCAUGGCUUUGAUGGGUGGGAUUGGAAUAAUUCAUCAUAACUGUACUGCUGAGUUCCAGGCCAACGAGGUGCGCAAAGUCAAGAAAUUUGAGCAGGGCUUUAUUACAGACCCAGUGGUGAUGAGUCCCCGACACACAGUUGGGGACGUGUUUGAGGCAAAGACACGCCAUGGUUUCUCUGGGAUUCCUGUUACAGAGACCGGCAAGAUGGGCAGCAAGCUGGUCGGCAUUGUCACUUCCAGAGACAUUGACUUUCUGUCUGAGAAGGACCAUGACAGACCCCUGGAGGAGGCAAUGACCAAAAGGGAAGAUUUGGUUGUUGCACCCGCUGGAGUCACACUAAAAGAGGCGAAUGAAAUACUGCAACGUAGCAAAAAAGGUAAGCUCCCCAUAGUCAAUGACAGUGAUGAGCUGGUUGCCAUCAUUGCUAGGACUGACUUGAAGAAGAACAGGGAUUAUCCUCUGGCUUCCAAAGACUCCCGCAAACAACUGUUGUGUGGUGCUGCUAUCGGUACAAGGGAAGAUGACAAGUACAGACUGGAGCUCCUCAUGCAGGCUGGGGUGGAUGUCGUAGUCCUGGAUUCCUCCCAGGGAAACUCAGUGUAUCAAAUCAACAUGAUAAACUACAUCAAACAGAAAUAUAAUGAUCUGCAGGUAGUUGGAGGAAAUGUGGUGACAGCUGCUCAGGCCAAAAACCUCAUAGAUGCUGGUGUGGAUGCCCUGAGGGUGGGCAUGGGGUGUGGCUCUAUCUGUAUCACCCAGGAAGUGAUGGCAUGUGGACGGCCCCAAGGUACAUCGGUGUACAAGGUUGCAGAGUAUGCCCGACGUUUUGGAGUGCCAGUAAUUGCUGAUGGAGGCAUUCAGACUGUUGGACAUGUGGUGAAGGCUCUGGCCCUUGGGGCAUCUACAGUGAUGAUGGGGUCGUUGCUUGCGGCAACCACUGAAGCUCCAGGAGAAUAUUUCUUUUCAGAUGGUGUCCGUCUGAAAAAGUACAGAGGAAUGGGCUCUUUGGAUGCCAUGGAGAAAAAUAACAGUCAAAAACGCUACUUUAGCGAGGGAGAUAAGGUGAAGGUGGCUCAAGGUGUCUCAGGAUCAGUACAAGAUAAAGGCUCCAUCCAUAAGUUUGUUCCAUACCUCAUUGCUGGUAUCCAACAUGGCUGUCAGGACAUUGGAGCCAAGAGUUUGUCCAUUUUAAGGUCGAUGAUGUACUCAGGGGAGCUGAAGUUUGAAAAGAGAACCAUGUCUGCUCAGAUGGAGGGAGGAGUCCACGGCCUCCACUCAUAUUCUUUUGUGCCAUUUACGAGAAGCGACUUUACUGAGGCUGGAGGAAGAGGAAACACUCGAACAGGACCAAAUGUCCCGACCCCAGCAGCUACCAGCAGAAGCAUCGGGCAUAUGUGAUCAAACUACAAACACAAAGCUGUCGUUGCUGUACAACACACACACACACACGCACACACACACUGAAAUCUGACAUUGCUUUUGUGUGUCCUUCCACCCCUUUUCUUGUCCGU